AGUGCCGUGUUAGCAUAGUACAAAUCCACCUGAGAAACUUCUGUGUCUGUUUAGGAUGAGAAAACAAACAGGAAAGAAUGAGUACAUGCUCCCUUUUCCGACAUGCAUUUCUUGAAAAACAGCUAUACAGUAAGGAAAUACGCUCUAUCUUAGAUCCCACAUGCAACAUUUGUGUGUGAAGUGAGAGAAAAAUAACAACUUGGGGCUCAAACCACCAAAAAAACCCUGUUUUUAUCAGCUGUAUGAUAAAAACGUGGUCAGAAAACACUCAUUUGAGAUGUGAGCUGUAUUCUGUUUUGCUUUGAUACUUUGGCAAGUCUGGAAAGUGUUGUAAACGACUGAGAUGCACUUCAUUGAUAAGCACAAUUUAAUGGACACUGGCUCAGGCCACCAGGCGUUGGAGAGGGUGAAUAAAAGUAGACAAUCUAGUUAUCUCAUCUUGUUUUGGCUGAACAAUCAAGGUGUAAUCCUCUAAGAAUUAAUAUUUUAAAAAGUCCAAAAAAUACUGAUCGAUGAGUAAAAUAAGAAAAUGUGCCCCACCUGUUAAAAAAAAUACAAUUUUAAAAGAAUUUUGGUAAUUUCAGAGAAUUGGCCUCACAAGAGUACAAACUAAGCCCACAAGAACAUACAGACAUCGCAUUGUUAUUCAUGAACUUACACACAGGCACAUGUUUGUGAUUUCUACUUUCCUGGAUUGACCUUGGUCACCUGAGAUUACUGCUGGCAUUAUACAUCAUGUAAUAGUAUCCACAGCUGUCUGUUUUAAAAUUUACCUUAGUGUCUGAUUUUUUAAUAUUCAGCUUACUACUGUUACAAAUGUAUCCUCUUUAAUCCGAUAUCCGGUGAAAAAUUAAGCAAUCAGUGUAAACUAGUGCAGCUCUGAAAGUAAACAGCAUCUUCAGUGAGGACACACACAGACAAGUCAGUCAAGACAGCGGCUCUAUUUUUUCCACUGACUGUAAGAAUACAGUUUAAUCCUGCUUGCAAGAACAGAAAUAGAUCCCUGAUAAAAAUACGUACUCCACACCUUUUUAUAGGCCAUCGUUAAAUUCCCAUGUGAAGAAAUACAGUUAGUUCCCAUAGUUAGUUCCCUUAUAAUACUGUUGUAUUUUCAUUUAACCUUGAAACAAGCUAAAUGUGGUAUAUGUUUAUGUAAAGGUUAUGAAACUGGACACAGUAAUUACUAACAAUUAAAAAAAAAAAGAAGCUGGUAUUAAAUGAAGUCAUUUUUUGACCUUCAACUACUUUAAAUCUCAAGAAUGAUCUUCAGGUAAUUUUUUUUUACAGUUCUGGUGUUUUGGUCUGUGAGCCCUUCUUUAGAGUGUGUACGUCUUAGGCUUUAAGAGCUCUAACUAAAAAUAUGUUUUCUAUCCUUAAUGGAAGAUGUUCUUUGUAUAAAUCUGAGGUUCCUUAUUUGAACAAAAUGUUUUGAUAUGACCGUAAAUGGAAACAACACGGACCCCCCCCUCCAAAUUUUUUUAAGUACUGGUAGCUUUGUAAAAAUACUUUUAGUAGCCUGCAAAAAAACAAACAAAACAACAACAACAAUAAAUAAAUAAAUAAAUAAAAAAUGGAAUAAACCCAAAUCACCAAGCCUCAAACAAUGGAUGGAUGCUGUCAGUGAUAUCUAUGUAGUGGAAAAUAUGUCUGUGAAGGUUUCUUUGCAAACUCUAUGUAGUGGAAAGUUCACCUUUAGCCCAAGAGGAGAAAUCUUUACGAGAAAAUAGACUGCUCUUUUUCAGUGAACUCAUUAUGAACAAUCCAGAUUCAUAAUUCAUUGAGGCAGAGUUGUAUUGACUGAUGUGCCCCAAUAUGUAUGCUUAAUAAAGACUAAUAAAAAAAACAAAGGAAGCCCCCAAAAUGAAGAACAAAGUGAAAAGUAUGGGGAAGUCUGUUAAUCCCUUUCAGCAGCACAUACUUUGUAACAUAUGCUUAGAUAACCACUGUAUGUGCCCACACAGAAGGAAAAAUAGGAGACUUGCAGACCAGGGAUGGUUCAACAUCUUUCUAGCCUGCAGACUCUGUUUGAGUCUGUUGCCAUCGUGUGGUGCAUGGCAGGAUUGCAAUAUAAGAAAGCUAAUAAUGUGAGUAAAUCUUUUAGGGUUUUUUUUUUUUUUUUUUUUCAUGUACUAAAUUAAAAAUCUUACAUCUUUGGUUUUAUCUCUGUUAUUGUAGAGUCUUUAGGUAACAAUAUAAAGCACCUUGAGAUGACUCUUGUUGUGAUUUGGUGCUACAUAAUUUAAUUGAACUGAAUUGAAUAGCUCAACAAAUACUGAAAUAGUAGUAACAUUAAUGACCAUAUGGCUUUUCAUCCAGACCCAUAACUAGGUAACAUUUUCUAUUACUUUGUUUAUGACCAACACAUGCAAAACAAAUGACACUGACAUUGGCUUUAUAUGUGCUUUGUUUUGCUAACAGUGCUAAUGAGAAAAUGUUCACAUGCUAACAGACUGCAAAAUGGUGAAAACAGUAGACAUUACUACUUUUCAUUUGCGUGUUGAACAAUGUCAUUGAUUCAGUUCAAUUUGUCUCUAUUCAAAUUAACAAUUAGGUUUAUUUCAAGGAACUUUACAUUAUAAGCUGUUUUACUCGCUACAAUUAUUGCUGUAGCAUGCUGAUUAUAUCUGUUAGCUUUAAGUAAGGGUUUGCUCAAGUACUGUAUUAGAGACCACUGAUUAGGCACAAGGAAACAAGUUUAUCUGACCUAAAAAGCUUAAGAAUAAACUUUGGACUUUUACAAGAGGUCAGCUAAAAAGAACUAAACUCAGGAUUUCUCUGAAGUAAAUUGGGACAUACCUAAAAAUAACACUGCUAGCUAAUGGCUUAAAAAUACUUGACCAAAACUGAACAGAGAAUCAAGGGAAACGACAAACAAGAACAACAAAAAACAGUUAGCGUAACAGUUACUUUUAACUUAACAUUAAUCAAAUCCAAAAUAACCACAAACAGAACAUCAAAACCAACGAAUUAAAUCAACAUUUCGACAAAACAAUUCCGCUCCACCCCUGUGAUGCAGCAACAUUUGGUAUAUUCCAGUUACACUUCCUGUAUUUAUAGGAGCUCCGUCCACUUCAUUCAGAAUAUGCCAACAGAAGCGUUAAUAGAACCAGAAAACGAAAUUAAUACAAGAUAAGAACAAAGUUAUAUGCAUGUGUUAUUUAGCCAGACCAAAAACUAAGAUGAUUCAAAUGCGUGUUCAAGUGUUUUUAUGGUGACUUUAUAGUUGUGUGGCUGAUUAUGUGGCCAUCUCAGUACUUCACAGAGCUGCUAACAUGGUGAUGGUGGGACACUUUAGUUUGCUUGUCACUGUGUAAGAUUUAAACAUUCAUUCAUAUUAGGUAAACUAAAGCACUAAGAAGAGGAAAUAUGCUGGUGCACAAGUGAGCACUCACAGUGAGGCUCAGGUUUAAAGACUACAUGAGGAGAAAGCCAGAGUUUGGGUGCUGAGCUCAUCAGGCAGCGUUUUAACUAAACAGAGCUUAUAAAGAGGAGGUCGAGAUUAAUGAGGAACUAAAGAGCUUUCACAGGUGGGGAAGUUGGAGGAGCAGUGUUGGACGUAGUGGGAGCUCGAUCACUGAGCUGAAGAGGGAGAAGACAGGGACACUUGGAAGAGGACAAGGAAGAAGCAAUCAUGGGUGUACAAAAGGAAGAUGUGGAAAAGUUCCUGAACGGGAAUCCUGAUUUUGCUAAGAAGUACUUUGCCAAGAAGAUGAACACCUCCACCAUAUCGAAGGUUUCAGGACUCCCAGAGAAACAGAUCGACUUCAGCCAGUUUCAAGAGCUCAGUCAGAUCGAGGAAAGCAAAAUCAUGUAUGACCUGAUCAAAGACAUGCAAGAGAACAUCAACAUGGAAAAGGUGGUUUUCAAGAUCCUGAGAAGAAUCAGCGCGCUCAUCCACGCCGACCGCUGCAGCUUGUUCAUGUACCGCCAGCGCAACGGCGUCGGAGAGCUCGCCACACGACUCUUCAACGUGAGCAAAGAGUCCGAGUUUGACGAUUGCAUCGUGCCACCAGACUCUGAGAUCGUGUAUCCGCUGGACAUGGGAAUAGUUGGCAAUGUGGCUCUGACCAAGAAGUCAGUUAAUGUGAAAAACGUCAAGGAGAACCAGCACUUCAGCUCAUUUGUUGACGAACUCACAGACUACGAGACCAGAAAUAUUCUGGCUACACCCAUCCUCAACGGCAAAGACAUGGUGGCAGUGGUCAUGGCUGUGAACAAGACCACAGGACCACAUUUCACUGCUGAAGAUGAAGAUCUUUUUUUGAAGUAUAUGAGAGUUGCCACUUUGAACUUGAAGAUCUACCACCUGAGUUACCUCCACAGCUGUGAGACGCGUAAAGGACAGCUGCUGCUAUGGUCAGCCAACAAGGUAUUCGAAGAGCUGACAGACAUCGAGCGACAGUUUCACAAAGCCUUGUACACAGUCCGAGCCUACCUCAACUGUGACCGCUACUCUGUUGGUUUACUAGACAUGACGAAGGAAAAGGAGUUCUUUGACAUCUGGCCAGUGUUGAUGGGAGAGCAGCCACCUUACUCUGGCCCUGUAACCCCUGAUGGCAGGGAGGUAAACUUCUACAAAGUGAUUGAUUAUAUUUUACACGGAAAGGAAGACAUCAAAGUAAUACCCAAUCCUCCUGCAGAUCACUGGGCUUUGAGUAGUGGCCUACCCACUUAUGUUGCUGAGAGCGGCUUUAUUUGUAACAUUAUGAAUGCAGGCGCUGAUGAGACGUUCGAUUUUCAGAAAGAGCCAUUGGACAGCAGUGGCUGGACAAUAAAAAAUGUUCUCUCGCUGCCAAUCGUCAACAAAAAGGAAGAGAUAGUUGGCGUAGCCACGUUUUACAACAGAAAAGACGGAAAGCCUUUUGAUGAUCAGGAUGAACAGCUCAUGGAGGCUUUGACUCAGUUCCUGGGAUGGUCAGCGUUGAACACAGACACGUACGACAAGAUGAAUAAGCUUGAGAACCGCAAAGACAUCGCUCAGGACAUGGUGCUCUACCACGUCAAAUGUCGAGAUGAUGAGAUUCAGAACAUCCUGUACACCAGAGAGCUCUACGACUGUGAACCCAGAGACUGUGAAGAGGACGAGCUCCUAGCUAUCCUGAAAAAAGACCUUCCUCCACUAAUUAAGAAGUUUGAGAUCUAUGAGUUCCGCUUUUCGGAUUUUAAUUGCACAGAGAUGGAGUUGGUGAAGUGCGGGAUCCAGAUGUACUAUGAAGUCGGUGUGGUCAAGAAGUUCCAGAUUCCACAGGAGGUGCUGGUUCGUUUCAUGUAUUCAGUCAGCAAAGGAUACAGAAGGAUCACCUACCACAACUGGCGUCACGGCUUUAAUGUUGGACAGACGAUGUUUACGCUACUGACGACAGGAAUGCUGAAGCGAUACUACACUGACUUGGAGGUAAUGGCAAUGAUAACCGCAGGAUUUCUUCACGAUAUUGAUCACAGAGGGACAAAUAACUUGUACCAGGUCAAAUCUGGUAAUCCUCUGGCCAAGUUACAUGGCUCUUCCAUUUUGGAACGGCACCAUCUAGAGUUUGGAAAGUUCCUCUUGGCUGACGAGACACUGAAUAUCUAUCAGAAUCUUAACAGGCGACAGGUUGACCACGUGAUCCAUCUCAUGGACAUCGCCAUCAUCGCCACUGACCUGGCUCUUUAUUUCAAGAAGAGAACCAUGUUCCAAAAGAUUGUGGACCUCUCACAUACGUAUGAGGAUGAAAAGAAAUGGGUUGACUUCAUGUCACUAGAAACAACCAGGAAAGAGAUUGUCAUGGCCAUGAUGAUGACCGCAUGUGACCUGUCUGCAAUCACAAAGCCUUGGGAAGUGCAGAGCAAGGUUGCCUUGUCUGUGGCAGCAGAGUUUUGGGAACAGGGUGACUUGGAGAGGACUGUACUGGAGCAGCAACCCAUUCCCAUGAUGGACAGGACCAAGUCAGCUGAGCUUCCAAAGCUUCAGUGUGGUUUCAUUGACUUUGUCUGCACGUUUGUCUACAAGGAGUUUUCUCGCUUCCACCCACAAAUCCAGCCCAUGCUGGAUGGCAUCAUAAACAACAGGAAGGAGUGGAAUGCCAAAAAGGAAGAGUACGAGGCUAAGCUCAAAGCCAUCGAAGAAGAAAAAGCUGCUAAAGAGGCAGCGGCAGCCAGUAAAGCGGCUGCAAACAACCCCAGUGGUGGGUCUGGCUCCAAGACCUGCUCUGUGUGCUAAUCAACCAAAGAACUGCUGACAUUCCUGGGGUCUAUGAAGACACUCAUGACAGACUGAGUCUCACCCCAGCAGAAACCAACAAAAGAAAAAAUCAGGAAGUCAGGAAGAUGGAUAUAUGAAUGCACAGCCCUGUAGUAACUCUUCAGAAAAGGGUUUCAGUCGGAAAAGGAAAAACCUGAACACGGCGAGAUCUCCACCAAGAAGAGCAAAGAUUUAUUUUUAAGAGGCCAGGUGAGCCAAAAAUUAGUUCGGAUCAAGGAAAGACUGACCACAUUUUGAAAAAAGAAAAAAAAAUCCUGCGAUUACAUGUGAGGCAAAAUUGCUGCUUCCUGUCUUAAAAUAAUUGUACUUUUAUGAAUCAAGAGUCAAGAUAAUUUUUGCAUCUCAGGUUUCUCUGAUCUUAAAAAAGUUUGCUUAUCUUUAAAGGAUUUGUGUUAGUGACAAUGUGUGAGUGUGCGUGUGCUGUAUGCUUGUUGUGUGUUUCUCAUAUGUACAACUUUUUUAUUUUUUCCCCAAUUCUUCCAAGUAUUUAUUUACAUGGCAAACAUCUCAGGAGGACACAGCCUACAUCUGUGUAGUAAACAAUAAUCCUGUACAGAAAGUGAGUGCAGUGCUUUUUUUUUUUAAUGCUCGGGCCUCUUUAGAUUAUUUAAAGUGUUUGGGGUUUUAAUUUUCCAUAUAUUUAGUAUUAUAGUACUUUAGUUCUUACAGAACAUAGACAGUUAUUGUUUAAUCAUAUUCAAAAAGUAAUCCUGUUGACUACUUCCAGUCACUUACUAUUUACAAAUGAGAGUCUGUUUACUUUGUCUGCAGAGAGCCAAAGGUAAAUGUUCGGUCGUGCUACAGGAACAGCUUUUAAAAGAGUUUUACAGUGAACACUUAUGAGUUCACAGUCAGCGAAAGUCUGUAGAUGCUUAUUCAUGAUGCCUUUAUAUUGUAAAUAUACAGUAUGUGGUCUAUGAGUGUGAGAUGGUAGCCUGGGAUAUGUAUUUUCCAAAUAUAGAAUUAUAAAUGUCUUAUUAAAUAAGAGCGGGAAAUCAGGUGGUCACACAUAAAACUGAUUUAUCUGGUUGAUUUUGUCUCAGUUUUAGUUCAUUGUGCUCUGUUCAUAUCUGCUACAACAUGAGUGCAAUCAAAUACUGGGAUCAGCAAGUUUACUCAAACUGCUUUAGAGUGAGUUGUACUACAUCAAUCCCUGAUUGAAAGCUUCUCCCUGCACUGGACUCCUCCCGAAUAGGACGAGGAGUCAGAGCUCACCCGCUCGGAAUCAGGAAGAGUAACCAUAAUGACAAAAACCAUGUGGUUUAUGUGAAAGGAUACAAAAGGAAACGCAAGAACAAGCAAACGCCACACGACUGGGUCAGGUUUUGAGACCCAAACCCAGGACUGUUGUGCUGCAAGGCAGCGGCACUAAUCGCUGAGCCAUCAGGCUAUUCUUAUAACAAUCCCUGAGUGCAGGCCUCGAAGGCAACAAGGACACAGAGCUGUUUGAGACAGCAUAAAGAAGCAACUGAGCUUUGUGUAUAGACUUGUACAUACCAUCUCCCUUCCUGUAAAUAUUAAGAUGCAAAUAUUUUUCUAGUUUGAUGCUAGAGGGCCUUACCUUAUUAUUUAUAAAGCACUAGGAAAAGAGUCAUAAAGCUGAAUAACUAAUGUAUCGUGCUAGCUUCAAUUUACAAAUAUUACAAGUAUUCCAGAUAUGGAACUGCUAUGAUAAAUAUGCCUGUGUGAUAAUAUUAGGUCCCAAAUCAAUGUAAAUGUGCUGUGUAUGUACCCUGGAUGUUUUUUAAUAGACUUAAAUUACUUUUUGGUCAGCAUUUCAAAGCUUGCCUCCUCAUGUGCUCCAUAUGUACAAUGAUGACCCCAAUAAAAGCAAGUGUAUUUUUAA